AUGGAAAAUGGCUGCAGUUUUGACAAAAUGGCUGAGGAUGUUCCAAAACAGACGCGGAUGAUGAAGUUCAACGAAGCUGUACGAGAAACCAAGCAAAAGAUAGGUGACAAAAGAAGAAAAUUCCGGCAUUGUAAAAGUGCUCCGGUAGCAGAAUAUGUCCCUGGAGUAGUGGUUGAAAAGAACCAAGUGGUUAAACCAUCCGAAACCAUCUUUCCUACGGCCCGACCAAGUUUGAGGAAGGUUGCAGCAUGUUUAUGUAUCUAUAUGGCCGUAAGUGUCACCUGCUUUUACCUUCUUAGGAACCAGAUCAGAGGUAAAAAGACAAAUGGAGUUCUUGAUUCUGUUUACUUUUGCGUAAGCACUUUGACCGCCUCCGGGUAUACAGAUCUCAUCCCUAAUAGUACAGCCACGAAAUUGCUUGCCUGUGCUUGUGUCUUCUCGGGAACGGCCUUAAUUGGAUUGUUGUUGAGCAAUGCAGCAGAUUAUCUAGUAGAGAAGCAGGAAGAAUUGUUUGUUAGGGCAUUGAGUAUGCGCCGGGAAUCUAGUUCAACGCUGCUUUCAAAGAAGAUUGAGGCAGAGAAAAUUAAAUCCAAGUGUAUUUUUGCAUUUGUUCUCUUACUGGUACUAAUGGCUGUUGGGACGAUCUUCCUGGUUAAAGUUGAGAAGAUGGAUCUUGUUGAUGCCUUUUAUUGCGUCUGUUCCAUCAUCACGACACUCGGUUAUGUGGACAAAAGUUUCUCAACCAAGGGAGGGCGCGUUUUCGCCAUUUUCUGGGUCUUGACAGGCACCAUUUGUUUGGCUCAGUUGGUCCUUUACAUUGCUGAACUGAGGAGUGAUCACAAACAGAAGAAGUUAGUUGAUCGGUUACUUAGUCGACGGAUGACUAAAGGGGAUCUAGAGGCAGCUGAUCUUGAUGACGAUGGUGUAGUAAAGAGCAGAAUUAGCCCAUCAACCCAUAAUCAAACUCUGAUUGGCAAAAUGGAGGAGAGUGUCGCAAACCAGCCGCUGUUGAUGGAGUUUAAUAAUGCUGUCCGAGAAACCAACCAAAAGGUGGGUAACAAAUAUAGAAGAUUCCGCCGAUGUAAAAGUGCUCCUCGAGCUGAAUAUGUUCCUGGAGAAGUGGGUGGAAAAAAUCACUCACUUACACCGUCAGAAACCAUUUUUGAUAAGCUCCAUCCAAAUUUGAGGAAGGUUGCAAUGUUCUUAUGUGUCUAUAUGGUGACAGGUGUCACCUGCUUUUAUAUUGUGAGGUACCAACUUGAAGGUAAAAAGACUAAUGGAAUUCUUGAUUCUGUUUACUUUUGUAUUGUCACUAUGACCACUGUUGGGUAUGGAGAUCUUGUGCCUAAUAGUCCAGCCUCAAAACUGCUUGCCUGUGUUUUUGUCUUCUCCGGGAUGGCUUUAGUUGGUUUAGUGUUAAGCAAGGCCGCAGAUUAUCUAGUAGAGAAGCAGGAGGCCUUGUUUGUCAGAGCAUUAAACAUGCAGCACAAAGCUAGUCCUGCUGAAAUUUUCAAGAAAAUUGAGACAGAGAAAGUUAGAUACAAGUGUAUCAUAGCAUUUAUCCUUUUACUGGUGCUAAUAGUUAGUGGGACAGUCUUCCUGGUUAGAGUAGAGAAAUUAGACCUUGUUGAUGCCUUUUAUUGCGUGUGUUCUACCAUCACAACACUCGGUUAUGGGGAUAAGAGUUUCUCAACCAAGGCAGGGCGUAUUUUCGCGAUUUUCUGGAUUUUGACAAGUACCAUUUGUUUGGCUCAGUUCUUCCUUUACAUUGCUGAACUACACAGUGAAAACAAACAGAGGGAACUAGUUAAGAGGUUACUUAGUCGAAGAAUGACUAUUGUGGAUUUGGAGGCAGCCGAUCUCGACGAUGAUGGCCUAGUAGGUGCUGCUGAGUUUGUGAUAUAUAAGCUAAAAGAAAUGGGGAAGAUCACUGAAGAAGACAUCUUGCCGCUGAUGGAUCAGUUUGAAAAUCUUGAUGUUGAUCAGUCUGGAACUUUGUCCGCGACUGAUCUAACGCUUGCUCAAGGGCCCUAA